AUGCCUCUUUCUAAAUGUAUUCUUGUCAUUAUUUGUGUUGUAGCAACUUUGUUCUCCAUUGCUUUGGCUAUACCAGGGACUGCGAAAUAUUGGUCUACCUUCCCCAGUCAACCUACGGAUUGUUUUGGAAACACACCCCAAGGUACCCUCUUAGCAGCGAGUGAUCAUCUCGGGGGUGAAUAUAAUUGUGGAACAUUAGUAAAGGUCACAUGCACUGGUACAGUGCCACACCCUUGCACUGGCAAGAGUGUUGUAGUAAAAGUUGUUGAUGAUUGCCCUGGAUGUGAUGCAACCAUGCUGCUCGAUAAAGCAGCCUAUUCAAUCAUUGCUAAUCCAGUCACGACACUAAAUGCUAUUAAGGUCGACUACGUCAAUUAA